AUGGUGUCUUCAUCCGCAAUCGAAUUCAUCGACGCCUCCUUGUCAUAUACAAACACUUCCAAAUACUCUUUAUCCUACCAAGAUUCAAGUCAAAAAUGGAUAAUUCGCGACCAUCUCCUCUCCCUACUCCGCGACUUCCCCUCGUUAGAACCGUCGUGUGACCAAUUCACCCACAAUGACGGCACCACCGUCAAUCUCCUUAACAUCUCCGGUCACAUCCCCAUCCCACCACGUUCUAGUUCCACUACGGUGCCUCUCAUCAUUUGGGUACACGAGAAUUACCCUUUUAUAGCCCCUAUGAUCUUCGUCGUUCCGAAUCCAAACAGAAUCCUAACCGAUCACCCUCACGUUGACUCCUCAUCGGGGUCCAUUUCUUCUCCUUACUUGCUCAUGUGGAAUGGCAAUAAUAGUAAUCUCUCCAAGUUGGUACAAAACAUAGUCAACAUUUUUUCCUUUACCCAUGAAGCGAAUCAUCGUAAUUCAUCACACCCAAGUCUUGUUUCGAGGCAGGAAGCGAUCGAUCGUCUGACUUGUUCCCUCCAUUACGACGUCGAUGUACUUAGAAACGAGGCGGAGAAGGAAUUGGAGGCGCUAUGGGCUCUCCAAGGGAAGAUGUCGGAUCGAGCUGAAGUCGCAACUAGUAUGAUAAUUGCACUUGAGGAAGAGAAACAGAGCUUGGAAAACAGAGUUGUUGAGUUGAUGAAUGGAGCUGACAGUUUGAUUGAUUGGUUGGAAGACAAUGAUCAAAUGAUCACGAGAUUUAACGAUGAUGAUGAUCAUGAUGAUGCAUUUAGAGGAGUUGAUGAUGAGGAAGAUAGGGUUUUGGGUUGUUUGGCUGAGGAUAUGGCUGUGGAUGAUGUGAUUUAUGAACUUGAUAAGGCAUUGAAUAAAGGGGUUAUACCAUUUAGGUUGUAUAUUAAACAGGUUAGAGAAUUGAGUAGAGAACAGUUCUUCAAUAGGGCAUUACUUGUUAAAUUGAGGGGGCCCCAAAUACUUUAUCAUUAUUCACCUUGA